GCUUGUGUCGGAGUCACACAGCUACACUGCACGCUUUAGCAGGAUGGAGGAAGAAAAACAGAAGAACACUUCAGUACAGAAUGCUGACCGAGGAGAAGUGGCUCUCAAAACACAGUACGUAACGACCAAAGAGAAGUUCUACGAGUUCCUGGCUGCCGGCUGUGAGAAGAGUGAGAACGCCGGCGACGAGAAAGCAUCAGGAGAAACCACUCGAGAUGGAGCGGAGGAACCAGGCGGAGAACCGGAGACGAAGAAGAGGAAACUGGACGAUAAAGACGAGGCGAGAGACGAGAAGGAGGAGAAGAAGAAACGGAGAGGGCGGAACAAGGCGAGACCUCACAUGAAACCUCACAGCUAUGAGAAUCGCCGGCUCUGUCCUUCGAUCGUACAGGAACGUGAGAGUAAGUGUUUCUACGGUGAGAAGUGUAAGUUCAUCCAUGACGUGGCUGAAUACCUCUCCACCAAACCGCCGGAUCUGGGAGACCGCUGCUACAACUUCGACUCCUUGGGCAGGUGUCCGUAUGGACUCAGCUGCAGGUUUGCUAAAGCUCACACUGGUCCUGAUUUCAAAAACCUGGUGAACGAGGAGCUGUACGAAUCCAAAGGGAAAACCGAGACGGUGAGGAACCAUCUGGAUAAAGAUCUGCAGAGACGCCUCAGAAAGAAACAAGUGUCCUUCAAACAGACCGACGCUUAUCUCAAGAGCAUCGGCGCCGGAGGAGGAAAGAAACAAGACAGGAAGUCGAGAGAGCCGGAGAACGCCAGGAGUAACGAAGAGGACGUCCAUCAGCGUGAGGAGAAACCAGAAGAACCCGCUGAAGAGCUGAAACCUGAGGGCGGGGCGGCGCCUCCCGUGAGGACCAUGGGGCCGAUCACAGACGCCGACAUUAUCAAACUGCGACCAUGUGAGAAGAAGCAGGUGGAUUUCACCGAUAAGCUCUACCUGGCUCCGCUAACCACGUGUGGGAACCUGCCGUUCCGGCGUGUGUGUAAGAGGUUCGGAGCCGAUAUCACCUGUGGAGAGAUGGCCAUGUGUACCAACCUGUUACAGGGUCAGUCGUCUGAGUGGGCUCUGCUCAAGAGGCAUCACACCGAGGAUCUGUUCGGAGUGCAGUUGGAGGGCUGCUUUCCCGACACGAUGACCCGAUGUGCUGAACUACUCAACCAGAACAUCGACGUGGAUUUUGUAGAUAUAAACUCCGGCUGUCCUAUAGACCUGGUUUAUAAGAAGGGUGGCGGGUGCGGCCUGAUGACCAGAACCAACAAAUUCGAGCAGAUCGUGCGAGGGAUGACCUCUGUUCUGGACGUUCCGUUAACGGUGAAGAUCCGGACAGGAGUGCAGAUGAACUGUAACAUCGCUCACAAGCUCAUUCCAGAACUGAAGAAGUGGGGCGUGGCCAUGAUCACUUUACACGGUCGAUCCAGAGAGCAGAGGUACACCAAAACAGCCGACUGGGGGUACAUCAACACCUGCUCCGAACUGUCCUCUCCUGUACCGCUGUUCGGUAACGGUGAUAUUUUGACCUAUGAGGAUGCGAUGAAGGCCAGAGAGACGGGCGUAUCAGGACUCAUGGUGGCCAGAGGUGCUCUGAUCAAGCCGUGGCUCUUCACGGAGAUCAAGGAGUGCAGACACUGGGACAUCUCGUCAUCGGAGCGUCUCCAGAUCUUCCGGGACUUCACGAACUUCGGACUGGAGCACUGGGGCUCCGACACGCAGGGGGUGGAGAAGACGCGCAACUUCCUGCUGGAGUGGCUGUCCUUCACCUGCAGGUACAUCCCGGUGGGACUGCUGGAGCGAGUGCCGAAGAUCAACGAGCGUCCGCCGGUUUACAUGGGACGCGACUAUCUGGAGACUCUGAUGGCCAGUCAGCACGUGGGAGACUGGAUCAAAAUCAGUGAGAUGUUGCUGGGUCCGGUACCAGAGAACUUCAGCUUCCUGCCCAAACACAAAGCCAACGCCUACAAAUGACGUGGAGCCGGACGCUGAUCUGAAUACCCGUGAUUAGAACCAGUACAGAUUUUAUUUUUGGAGGAUGAAAUAAUGUAGUGAAUUACAUCUGAGUAAAAUAAAGAUAUUUAUGUUUCAUCUUUA